AAACCGGAUGUUUUGUCGCGGGAUUAGUGAGCGACGGCUAGCAUGCUAAUGCUAAUGCUGAGCUGCAGUCGGCUAACAUGUGUGUGAUAUAAGGAGCUAUAAACUACGCAGAGGUUUUAAUGUUUAAACUUUCAGCUGUUUGAAGAUGUUUUCAUCGCUGUGGAAUUUUAUCAAACGACACAAGAAGAAAGUGAUUUUCACCGGAGCUGUGGUCGGAGGAGUUUACUUCCUGGGCAAAUAUGCUCAGAAGAAGAUCCAGGAGGUGCAGGAGCGGGAGGCGAGUGAGUACAUCGCUCAGGCCAGGAGGCAGUUCCACUUUGAGAGCAACCAGAGAACGUGCAACAUGACCGUGCUGUCCAUGCUUCCUGCGCUCAGAGACGCCAUCAUCAACCAGCUCCACUCGGAGAGUCUGACCGCUCUGCUGAAGACAAAACCGGCCAACAAGCUGGAGAUCUGGGAGGACCUGAAGAUCAUCAGCUUCACCCGGACCAUGGUGGCCGUCUACAGCACCUGCAUGCUGGUGGUCCUGCUCAGGGUCCAGCUGAACAUCAUCGGGGGAUACCUGUACCUGGAUAACUCUGUGGGGAAGAGCGUGACGACUCUGCUGACCCCUCCAGGCGUCCAGCAGCAGUACCUGUCCAGCAUCCAGUAUCUUCUAGGAGACGGUCUGACGGAGCUGAUCAGGAGGGUGAAGGCGGCCGUCCAGAACUCCCUGGGGGGGGUGCCUCUGAAGCAGAGUCUGUCCCUGCUGGAGCUGGAGCAGCAGCUGAGCUGGAUCCGAGCAGAGGUGGAGGUGGACUCGGGCCGUCCGCUGUCCUCCUACAUGCUGGCGGACGCUGAGGACGCUCUGGCUGACCAGGCGUGCGGCCUGACGGAAGAAGAUGUGGUGACCAUCAGACUGUUGAAUGAGACCAGAGACAUGUUGGACAGUCCAGAUUUCAGCAAAGUUCUGAGCACGUGUCUGAACCGGGCGUUCUCCCGCCUCCUGGACAACCUGGCUGAGUUCUUCCGCCUGCCUGCGGCGGACCGCCCCGCCUCCUCUGGGCCGGACAGCCUGUCCGCCGUCAGUCUGCCGCUGGCUAAGAUCAUCCCCAUCAUCAACGGCCAGAUAAACACCGUCUGCAGUGAGACUCCCAGCCUCCUGGUUCAGGAACUUCUGCUGAACGACCAGGUGAAGGAGUUUGCAGCCAACGUGUACGAGACGUUCAGCACGCCGCUGGAGCUGCAGAAAUGAUCUCUGAGGAGGAGGAGAAGGAGGAGGCGGCGGCGGAGGAGGAGGCGGAGGUGGAGGAGGAGGCGGGGCGUCAUCAGGUCCCAGACCGGGGCUCCAUCUGUAGGAACAUUUCUGUCCUCAGAAGAGACCGUGCUGCUUGGAGCAGAGCAUCUUGGGAAAUGGAGUCCCAGCGAGCGCGUUCUGAAUCCCAGCGGCUGUGUUGGGAGCUGCUCCUCAGCGGUCAGACCGGGCCCUUCAGGGGGAUUAUGGGGGAUUAUGGGAUGUCUGUGCUGUGAUUCCUUUCAGCUUCAGGAAGUUUUAGAAUAAAACCGAUCUUCAACUAAA